ACGUCACGUUGGCCGCACUGUUGCGAUGUUAUGCGAUACGUCAAAUGCCAAGCUUGCCACUAUAGCUUUUCCGGUUUGGCUCUUUCUUUCCCGAUCAACACAUCAAGAUGGGUAUUAGCCGCGAUAGCUAUCAUAAGAGGCGAGCCACUGGUGGCAAGAAGGCCGCCAUCCGCAAGAAGAGGAAGUAUGAGUUAGGACGCCCGGCCGCUAACACCAAGAUUGGUGCAACCCGUGUCCACUUCGUGCGAACCCGCGGUGGCAACAGGAAGUUCCGUGCGCUCCGUCUGGAUUCGGGCAACUUUGCCUGGGGCUCGGAAGGUAUGGCCCGCAAGGCUCGUAUCAUCGAUGUCGUGUACAACGCGUCGAACAACGAGCUGAUCCGUACCAAGACGCUGGUAAAGAACGCCAUCAUCGUGAUCGAUGCCGCACCGUUCCGCCAGUGGUACGAAAGCCAUUACCUGCUGCCGUUGGGCAAGAAGCGUGAGGUGAAGCCCGGCGAGGAGGAUGUGUUGGCCAAGAAGCGCAGCAAGCGCAACCUGAGGAAAUACAUCAAGCGCCAGAAGACCGCCAAGAUCGAUCCCGCUGUGGAGGAACAGUUCAACUCUGGUCGUCUGCUCGCGUGUAUCGCUUCCCGCCCCGGACAAGUUGGCCGUGCCGAUGGAUACAUUCUGGAAGGCAAGGAACUUGAAUUCUACCUUAAGAAGAUCAAGAACAAGAAGUCCAAGUAAAACAGGCGGACGGAUAGCUCAGUUGUGGUGUGGUGGUGUGUGUCAGUGUUGUAUUGGAAGAAUGGGGGAAUAUUUGUUGGUGUUUGCUGCGUGAGAGCUGUUUUUCCGGAUUGAACGAAAGGAAAAUCAACCGGCGGCGGUGCUGCUACGAUCCGUUCCUCAUCGUAGUUCAAAUGGCAUUUACAAACACCAACUGCAAAAGAUCAGCAAAAGAAAGGAAACAACGUGAAAUGUGCGCCGAAAGGAGGAAUAAAACUACAUAAAACCACAA